UAUGAAGCCCUAAACGCACCGUCCAACAUGGCGGCCCAGCGCAGGAAUUUGAUCCAGAGCCAUCAGAGCUGGACGGACGACCUGCCGCUGUGUCAGCUGUGCGGCGUCGGCACGGCGGCCAACUGUGCGUACGGCACCGAUGGUAAAGGAACGCAGAGCCACCCCAACGAGGACGGACACCUGAGGUUCAGAGGCGAGGACGGCUGCUUCCUGUAUGGCGUCUUCAAUGGUUACGAUGGCAGCAGAGUGGCCAGCUUCGCCUCCCAGUGUCUGACGGCCGAACUGCUGCUCGGCCAGCUCAACUCCAGCCACUCGGACAGCGACGUGCGGCGCAUCCUCACCCAGGCCUUCGAUGUGGUGGAGAAGAGCUUCUUUGAGACGAUAGACGACGCUCUGGCUGAGAAAGCUCACCUGUCCAACUACCUCCUCCCACACAACGAGAAUGUGUCUUUCCACCAGAACCAGAAGGUGCAGGAGCGUCUGAAGGAGUUGGAGCACGAGGUUUCUGGAGGAGCGACGGCCGUGGUGGCUCUGAUCCUCAACAACAAGCUGUACAUCGCCAGUGUUGGGACCAACCGGGCGCUGCUCUGCAAGUCCAGCAGCGACGGCCAGAACCAGGUUCUCCAGAUCGGCCGGCCGCACAGCACCGACAACGAGGACGAGCUGCAGAGGCUGUCUGCACUGGGUGUGGAUCCGGCUCGGGUCCGGCAGGCGGGUCAGGUUGCCGGUCAGAGCAGCACCAGGAGGCUCGGAGACUACCGGGUCAAGUUCAACUACAAUGAGAUCGACCUGCUCAGUGCGGCCGAGACGAGGCCGGUCAUCGCCGAGCCGGAGAUCCACGGCAGCCAGUGUCUGGACGGCGUGACGGGCUUCCUGUUGCUGAUGUCGGAGGGCCUCAUCAACGCCCUGGAGUCCGCCCACGGCCCCGAACAGGCCAAUCAGGAAAUCGUUGCCAUGGUGGCGGCCGAGCUGGCCCUGCAGACCGGCCUGGAGGCUGUGGCCCAGUCGGUGGUCGAGCGCGUCAAGCGGCUGCACCACGACGUCUACGCGUCCGGCCGCCAGCGGGCGACCUUCUGCUCGCGGCACGAGGACAUGACGCUGCUCAUCCGCACGCUCGACUACCCGCUGGCCGACGGCGUGCUCACGCCCACGCAGGGCGGGCGUAUCUACCCGGUGUCGGUGCCCUACUCCAACAGCCAGAGCACCAGUAAAACCAGUGUCACCCUCUCGCUGGUCAUGCCUUCCCAAAAUACUCUCACCAAUGGAACCAACACCGCCUCCACCCUGGAGGAAGGAACCCCCACACCAGGCCAGAGCCCCACAGCCACCCUCCAGUCCACCAACACCCAGACCCAGAGCUCCAGCUCCAGCUCGGGGGACGGCAGCCUGUUCCGCCAGCGGGGCAGCCAGGCGGCGCAGCCCGACGAGACGGGGAGGGUCCCGCCCUACGUGGACUUCAGCCACUUCUACCGCCUGUGGGGGGGCGACCACGGCGAGGGCCCCCAGGCCGGGCUGGGCCCCCAGUGAGGGGGAGGGGCUUCACGACGGAGGGACGGCGGGUCCACCGAAUGCUUUUAACGAGAAGCUGAAGCUGCACGGGGACGCGUGGAGGAAGGACUCGCUCAGCUUUAUGGUUUUAAACCUGCUCAACGUCAACCUGAACUCGCCCGCCGGCUGCUUUUAUUUAUUAGCGGUUAUCAAAUAACCACAAAGACCAAAAUAAUAAUGUUUAAUCUUUUAUUCAAGUUUUCAUCCACAGGGUUUUAUCAUGAAAGGUUUCAACUCGUAAACGUUGUCUUCCUUUUUGUGUGUGAUGGAUACUGAGCAUGUGCAACUCACUCUCUCUCUCUCUUCUCUCUCUCUCACCCCAACAACAACAAGAUAAAACAAAACUAUGUCCAAGUGUA